AUGUCUAGUAGUGAAGAAGAAAGUAGUGCAGAUAAAAAUGAAAGCUGUAAAGUUGAAGCGAGUAAUACCCAAAGUAAGAUGCUCUUUGUGAGCUUAUUAAAGAACCACCGAGUGGUAUUAAAUAAAUAUAUGUUGCCGAAAAUGGUGGCAGCGAAAGAAAAAGCUUGUAAUGAAAUAAAAGAUCAGUACAGUAAAGGCAUUGGCAAAGUAAUCACCAUAGCACAACUGAAAAAACUCCUGAAAAACAUGAAGACGAAUAUUAAGAAAAAAACGGAUACAAACGCGAGGGGUAAUAAUCCGAUGAAAGUGAAUAAAUGGGAAAGUGAAUUUCUAUAA